AUGUUCAGGAGCAGGCUAUUUGGUGGUCUUAGAUGGAUGCCGAUAGGGCUCAGUCGCUCGGCUUCACGAGCCCAGUCAAGAACGUUUGGCACGCCAUGGCGGAGGCUGAACUCCACUCAGGCGGUUCUCAAGCCGAAGGGGAUCAAGGGUUUGAUGCAAUUGUAUGGAUACUCCGCUUUGGGGGUUUACUUGGCCUUGACGGCGCUCGAUCUGCCGCUGUGCUUCUUGAUGGUGCAUUCGUUGGGAGAAGAGAGGAUCAAGGUUUAUCUGAACAAGGUUAAAAAUGCCUUUGGGUUUGGUAUCGCAGAAGAAGAUGUCAUUAAGCAAGUCAGAGAACAAUUGGCUCUCAAAGAGGAGAGGGAAAGAACAGGAAAACAUCAUGAGUCAUCAUGGUGGGAAAGGUUCAAGCAGAGCACUUUGCUUGCUGAAUUCUUAAUAGCAUACGGUAUUCACAAGAGUCUAAUAAUUGUCAGGCUUCCCUUGACUGCUGCUAUCACUCCCGCUACUGUCAGGAUUCUGCAAAAAUGGGGGUUUAAGAUUGGUAAUCCGAAGAUGCUCAAGACCCUGGCACAGGACGCUAAGAUACGAUACAAGUCUGGGAAACCAAAUGAUUUCGUCAAGACAAACAAUGCUGAUCCAGCUUUUGCAAAGCAGAAGCAUACGAAGGCUCAGAAGUGGUUUAAUGGACUGAUGUGA